CCUGCCUCCACCAGAUACAACAAUACCGCAAGCUAAAAGAACGUUUCUACGUUUUGUUUUCGUGUUAUGGUACCAAAAUCAUUUAUUAGACGGUUGCAUAUUUUUGCUAACUUUAUGAUAAGAGAUGGCAAUGAAUUUUUGCUAUUGUUUACAUCAUAAUAUUAUCAAUUCGAGCGUAGGUGUAGAGAGCAUUUUAUAUUUCCUAGAUCCAGAGUGUUUCGCCAUGAAUUUCCAAGGUUAUGGAACAAUUUUCUAAUCAAACUGAAAAAAUGGUUGCUAGUCUGCAGUCAAGACGCAAGGCUCUUGAAGCCAAAAUUCUUGAAAAAAAUCGUGAGUUAAAACGUUUAUGCAUUCAAGAGGCUGAAUUAACUGGCAGUCUACCACCAGAAAUACCUUUGGAUCCAGGGGAAACACCUCCUACAUUUAGAAGACGUAUUGGUACUUCUUUUACAUACCCGGAAAAUUUGAUUAACAAAUUAAAAUUCAAAGAUGACGAGACAAUAGCAUCACUUGAACUAGAAUUUAAAAUCCAAAAGGGUAUUGCAGAAGCUGCUUUAGGAUUAGCUAAUGAUGAGACUGCUAAUAAAUCUGUUAGACGAAAACACAGAAUGAUGUAUCAACAAAGCCAACAACGUUUAACAGAACUUGAAGCUAGAAUAAACAUGUGUCAGAAUCAAAAAGUUAAAAAGAAACCUCGACCAGAAAGCAGUUAUACACCAGAUUUUGCAAACAGUUUAAGUUUACCUGAUGGUAAUUUUGUUGUACCUAAAGAACCAAAUAUUCAAUCAUUAAAUUCAAAAAUGUUAUCCCAUAAGCCUAAUUUAAGGCAGUUACACAGUUACAAUAAAUUUUCAAGUCAGAGAAAUUCACAUGAUCCCAGUAAUGGUAAUGUGUUACACAAUGCAUGGAAUUCAUAUGAGCCAAUCUCAAACAUUAAUAUUCAACCAAAAUUACUACCUAGAGCUGUAGUAAAUACAGAUAAAGAUCAUGCUAAUUUUUCUAAAGAAAAUAGUGGAUUUUAUAAUACAAUAAAUUCUACCCACAUGAUUUCGGCUCAUGAAAUGCCUUGUAAAAUGCCAGAACAGGACUUCACUGCCAAAUUUAAAAAUCGAUUUGGUAGCUUAGACAGAAGACAUGGACGAAAUUCUAGUUCCCGAAGUAGUAGUAGUGUUGAUCAGGUUGAUAGUAAUAUAUUAUCAAUGCCGCGAAGUUCUACAAUUCAACAUUUUACCAAUACAAUUCUGUUACCUAAUCAAACAUACCCAGAAAAUAGUUUAUUAAGAACACAUUCUUUAGGAAAUAUAAAAAAUGAAAAUCAACUUCAAACAGAAAAAGUGACUACAGAAAUUCCUCCAGAUAACAGAAAAGUAUCCGAAAAGACAUGGGUUGAAACUUCACUUGAUAGUAGCAGCGUAGACUCUUUACGACUACCUCCAAAACAUGAGUUGCCUCCUCCACCUAGAAAAAUGGCUACACCACCAGUCAUAGUACAGCCAAAUCCAGAGGUUAAACCUCCUUCACCUUACGAACAUUCAAUUAAUCAGUUUGAUAUGGUACCAUUUGAAUCUCCAAAAAACCAUACUGUUGUUCAAGUAGGAAAAUGGCAACCAUAUCGCGAAGUGACAAAACCUUUUGAGAUGUCUGAUUUCUAUAAAUAUAGUACAAGAUAUAGAAAAACAUCGGGAAAUUCUAAUAGCACAUCAUCAGAAAAAUCUCAUACUACUGUUAAUGCUGAACCUAUUAUGGCACCUCCUCCUCCACCACCACCAUUACAGAAUAAAGGAAUAUAUCAACCUUUGAAACCUUUAAAUUGUCACCCAAUAGCAUCGCAAAAUAUGUCAUUAAUGGAAGAGACAGUGUGUCCUCUUGAUAAUUUUGAACCCAAUAAUGGAGUGUUAGAUGAGAGUGUUUUUGCAAAUGAAAUGUUAUCUUGGUACCAAGACGAAGCUACACCUCAAACUAGAACAGCUACUUUAGUUUAAGUAUCAAAAGGUACUAAUGAUAUUUAAAAUUUAAGU